AUGUUCAUCGUGCCCGCGGCCCUGGUACCGCUCCUGGGUGCCUCAGCGACCAGCCCCUCUCCUCCAGGUCACUUCCCGUCUCGUUCGCCGACCCUCCCAGGACAGGCAAAGGCCCGAAGAGAGCCGUUCAGCACUCCAUCGUUUCGCAUGGAAGACGACCAUAAGCCCUUCUCUUCCUCCUCCGCUGCAGCCGCUGCGAGCGAGGGCGCGUCGCACGCGCUCCACGUCCGCCAGCCCUCGCUCAUGCAGACAUCCUCCGAGCUCCGCGCCUCCAGCGCGCCCGCGCAGUCCACCUCAGAACUCAACCCUUCCCGCUCUCUGUCUCGUAAAUUUGGAGCCUUUCUCCUCGAGCCGCCGAGAGGUGCACGAGGCCUUAAGGGGUUUCUCAUGGAUGGGGGCCGUGAUAACGGCGGGGCUGUGACCCGCGGUCUAGAGGGCGCCCAGUCUCCACGGUCUGAGGGCGGUGCAGGCGCGGAGGAAAGUGAAGUGCUGCAGAAGCGUCGCGACGAGGAGGCGUUGGGCCGUGGAGGUUUCGACCUUCACACCGGCAGGGGCAGUGUCGACGACCUAACAUCUCGUGCGGCGCGCGAGGCGGGAUCUGCUUACGCCCUCUCGACGCCUGAGGAGAGAAGGCAGCCUCUUCUAGGGCAGCCACUGAGAUUGAGGACCGCCUCGAAUGGUGGAAGGCUUCUGCGGCCGACCGCCACGCGAGACGUCGCAGCAGUGCCGGCGGAAAUGUCCUUCGUGAUCAACUGGCAGAUGCUCGGUGCAACGAUGGCAAAUCCGAUGCUGCAAGUGACCGGCAGUCCUCUUGCGCAGCGCCCACUCAUCUUCGAGCAACCCGACCCGGCAGCGGCAAUGAGUCAGCAUGGGCCGCUCAUUGCGGUGGUGGCGGGGGUCAUGGUCGUUGGCUUGGUUCUAAUGUUGCUCUGCUGCUUCAUGGUGAAGCGCAAGCGCGCACACGAGGCGUACAUGAGCGCACCUCUCACCAUUCCGACGCAGACUUAG